GAGCGCACGUGUGCGCAGCGGGUUGCGUGUUUGAAGGUGACAGGGGAGAAAGCGCCAUGCCGGUCCCCGUACUGGCCGCCUCUCCUUUCGGCGACGAGGAGACCGAGACGAGCCCUCCACUCCUCCGGGACGAGCUGAGCCUGUACGGCGCUCCGCAGCGGGCGGCCCCGCGCACGGAGCCCGAGGCGGGUCAGCUGGAGCAGAGAGUCGCCGCCCUGCGGCAGCUGGCGGGCCCGUACACGGGCUGGUGCCGGGGCGUCUACGACCGGAUUAAGCCCAAAGUUCAAGGCGCCGUCGCGGCCGGGAACGACACGUACGCCUACUUGAAGAACCCGCCGGAGGACUUCUAUGCCCGGGCGGGAGUCAUCGGCUUCACCGGCGUACUGGGAGCGUUUCUCGCCAGAGGCUCCCGGGUGAAGAAGCUCGUCUACCCGGUGUCACUGAUGACCGUGAGCGCCUCCCUCUACUACCCGGAGCGCGCCGCGGCCGUCGCGAAGUCGACCGGGGACUCAGUGUACGACCGGGCGGUGCAGAGCUACGCCGCCCUGGAGAGGAUGGUGAAGCCUCCGGUCGAAAGCGGGAAGGUCGCGGACCCCGACGACAAACCCUGAGGAGGAAGCCCCUCGUGGCUCCAUUUAGCAAUAAGAAACCAGCGUGUGGUUGUAAUCGGAUCUGCGUGACUUCCUCGUGCCCACUUCGCCUGCACCAAAGCCCGCGGAACUCAGGCCGGGCCAUGGCUGUCCCUAUGGGGGAGGGGGUUUGAAUGUAUAUUUAUAUAGAUCAUUAAUUAAAAAAAAAUGAAAACCAA